AUGAUGAUACUUGUUCAAGAUGCUUUGAUGAUAUAUUUGGGCAUUGAAAUUGCCUUUGUCAUUGUAUUUUACGCCCAGCUGCUACCUUUUGUGAAUCGACCAUGUCAACCAGCACCUUAUCUGGCCUAUGGAAAGGAUAGAAAGAGGCUGUUGCUUCGAGUAUUGAAACGAAUAGAAGAUACCAGUAAACGAGAUGGGACUUGUCCCAAGGAGUCUUUAAAGGCAUUCCUCCGAAACUGGUUUCAUGUUGAUCAUGUACCAUCUGAUUUGUCUCAAAUUGCUACUGCUGGAACCAUCAAUAUUCCAGCUACUCGACAUGAAGAAGAAUCAUCAUCAUCAUCCACUAUACCCGUAUUGAAUCCUUCCUAUUCUACCUGCACGUCAUCCAGUUCUUCCUGCGGAUCCGUGCAGAGCGAUGAUGACGAUUCAACUACUACUACUACUACUACUACUACUAUUAUACCGACUUUGACAUGCACCAAAAAGUCGGAAACAACACAAAGACCGCCUUUUCCAUUGUACAAGGAAGACAUGGAUUCCUUUUUUGCGUUUGCUUUCUUUUCCAAAGAGUUGGGUGCUAUGCGAUCGUGGGAACGCAAAGAGUUGAAGAAACUUUUUCAAGUACUGGAAAGGAGACACAACCUUACCUUUCCAAACAAAAAGGCCGGUGAGGAUACGUCUCACAUGUUUCAUCCAAGACGCAUGACAUUGGAACCAGUCGUUCCCAUUUAUCGACCUCUGAUUGUUUACUUGUUAGUGCUCGGCAUGAGAUGGGUUGGAGCCCUUGUACUCCGGCAUGUCUAUGGAUUUGAGAAGUUUGUAACAAAACACGGCAUGAUUUGUUGGUACCGAUCAGGAACGAAAGCUGACAGUCGUACAGAUCAACGAUCGAAUGAUCACAAAGGUGAUUCUUCUUCUUUGAUGAUGCCAAUUUUGUUCUUCCAUGGCAUUGCUCCCGGUGGUGUUGUAGGGUAUCUGCCGAUUGUACUACAUGGACUAGCAACGGAACCGGAACGGCCAGUAUUCUUGUUUGAGAAUAUCUCGAUAUCGUGUGUCUUGGAUUUUAAACCAUUGACGGAAAAACAAACUGUGGAUGGAGUUAUGGAAUGUCUCAAACGCUUUGGGGCAAACCAACAGAAUCUAUCACUAGUCGGCCAUUCCUUUGGAUCAUGUCCCAUUGCUUGGUUGGUGGCAUCCAAAAAAAUGGAACAGCAAAUCAAGCAAGUCGUCUUAUUGGAUCCAGUUGCAAUCUUGCUCAGUGAACCAGAUGUCAUGGUGAACUUUUUGUAUGCGGAAGCAAUGGACAAGACUCGUAUAGUGGCAUCCUCGGAGAUCAUGACACAGUCCUAUCUCCGUCGACACUUUGCUUGGUACAAUAGUGAGCUUUACGUGGAGGAUGUAAAGUGCCCCAUGCUGGUCUUUUGUUCAGAACACGAUGAGAUUGUCAAUUCUGAAAAGGUGAAACAAGAAAUGCAACGGCACCACCAACAGGGGCAUCAGUUCCAAUGUUGGGAAGGGGUGGGACAUGGUGCUUGCAUUGUGAAUCCAUACAAAUGGACCGAAAUUAAGAGACAGAUGCUGGAACAAGAACUACACCUACUUCGAGCCAGAUGA